UCAUGUAUGCGCGCUGUGCCGGCAGACAGUUUCAGCUCUCAACUGAUGCACAGGCAGCUGCUGUUUCUCCCUUCUCCUCCUCUUGAUCUCUUAACUAUUCUCCUUCUUUCAAUUCUUCCCUACACUGCCUCCAUUCAUCCCCUCUGUACUUUCCCCUUCCUUCCCUCUGCUCUGUCAUUCUGCCCUGCACUUUUUCCUCGGGCGGAUAUAAAGGCAGGUCCCAUUGGAGGGAGAGGGCUUGUGUAAUCUCUGGCUUCACAUGAGCACCGGAGAGUUAUUGCUUCAGCUGGAAAGGCAACAUAACAGAAGACCCACAAACGCACAAAGGACAAACUCUGGAAUAAGGAGAGGAAGAAGGAAUACCUCUGAGGCAGAAAGGGAGGAGAGGGAGGGAGACAGUGAAAGAGUUUGGAGUUGGGGUGCAGGACACAGACUAUGUCGGCCUCUGUGGUGCUGCUACUGUCCCUGUUGGUCUUGUCCACAGGAAGUGAUGCCAGAAGAAUCAGGAAAAGAGGACUCAACCAUAAGGACUACGAGUACCCCAACCACCCCCAGUCCACACAGCACCAGAAGAAUGACCGGUGUCCGCCGCCCCCCCAGAUGCUGCCCGAAAGAGCCUGUGAGGUGCCGGGCUGCCGCUCAGACUCAGAGUGUGAGCGCCAUAAACGCUGCUGCUACAAUGGCUGCAUCUACGCCUGCCUGGAGUCUGUUCAGCCGCCACCAGUGUUGGACUGGCUGGUGCAACCCAAGCCUCGGUGGUUGGGGGGUAACGGCUGGCUGUUAGACGGCCCUGAGGAGGUUCUGCAGGCUGAGGCCUGCAGCACAACUGAGGAUGGAGACGAGCCUCUUCACUGUCCUACAGGCUACGAAUGCCACAUCAUCAACCCAGGAAACCCUGCCGCUGGCAUCCCUAACCGGGGACAGUGCAUCAAGCAACGCGGCAACUCCGAUGGACGUGGUCUGAGGCACAAAUACUUCAAGGACUACAAGGACUACUUAGGUAAGUGAGGUACCAGUUCUAACAAUGCAGUAGGCUACGAAAAACAUCAUCACAAGCACCUGGGAUGAAGUACGUUUUCAGCCACUUUGAACUAUCAUGUCACAUUAAAAACCAAAGACCUCUGCACCUUCAACUCCCUUUAGACAAAGCCUUGUGUUUUGUUGUUUGUUUGUUUUUUGUUGUUGUUGUAUCUACUCUCAGAUCAACCUGACCUCAGCCUCAGCUUCGACCAUAACACAACCUCAGCUCCAGUCCUGUUCGAUCUGCUCUCAUCACAGCUGAACCAGGAUCAGAUCUGACCUUUUUACCAGACCUACAGCUGCUACCUCCUCUUUGCAAAGCCCUGUCUUGCGGCCUGUCCUCAGUCGCAAAGUCCCUUGGGAGACAAGUCUGACGUACCUACAGUACACAGCCAAAGAAAUAAGUGCUUGUCUCUCUGUCUGGUGUCUGUGAAAGGAUGGAGCGUAAGAGCAGAGGGUGUUGAUGGUGAAGCAGAGGAGAGGAAAGCACGGUGUGCACCAAAGCUGUAAAUGUCUCAAAAGGAAAUAUGGAACCCAUGCCAUUUUAUUUUCAUUUCUUUACAACCUUCUCCCUCCCUACAACUCAUUCUUAGUCUCGCACACAAACACACUCUCUAACUUUAAGGCUUGGUCAGCAGAGAAAAUCAAAACCAGCUGUUACUCAUUCUGUCUCUCUCAUUCUCAGGAGGAUAGUGCUCAAAUUUCCUGAUCUGAAAUCUGGAAAGUUUUAUAGACCAAUAGUGAAAAUUCCAGCUGUAGUGGUUGCAUGUUGAAAUCAAAUCCAAAUGUGGUUUAAUAUUCUCACAAAUAACUCUAAUUGAAAGAAUAAAUGCCAUAUGAGUGUGUGGAUUGUGUCAGUUUUAAAGGAUUUGGAACAGCUGUAGAUUAGUUCCAGCCAGCAGAUGCUGACCGUGACUUCAUUGUUAUUGAAAAGCAAAAGUAAAAUAAGAUAAAAUAGUUUACCCCAGAGGUUCAUUUGGAAGAGAUUUAAAGAUAUACUCCACCUGUGAAGGAGGAAACCUCUAACAACGAUUAAAAAAAAAACACCUUUAAAUAAGCCUACAGAGGGCAAGUGUUUGAUACUGAAAAGAUUGAUUUGGGGUGGAUUAUCCCUUUAAACUGAAACUCUGUAUAUAUUAUAUCUAUAAUUAAUUUCCUGAAAUAAAUUUACUGAAGUGACAUUUUGGAAAGAAACAAAUCAUACAACAAAUAUCUACCAGUGCAGUAUGACUAUUCAGACAUUUCAUGAUUUUGAAUAAUCAUACUGUUAUCAAUUCAAAUGGUGCUCAGUUUCAUUUGCUGCCUAUAAUAACAGAAGAAUAAGCUGGUCACAUAAUAAGCUGAAGGUGUAAAACAAAAGCUGUAACCAUUCUCUGAACAACAGUGAUGUCUGAAUGUUGCUAUCUGACUGGUGCUGUAAUGUUGCCUUGUUUAUUCUAAAUAAACCACAUUGUUGGACUCUGAA